GGCCACACAAAGUACUUCGUCAUGGGUUUGUGGCUGUUCGGCUUUGUCUUCGCGCUCUUCACACCUCUGAGUGCGCUCAGUACUUGGUGUCUGGCCAUAUUCGGCACCUACCUCCUCUCAGAGGAUGCUCAGAUGCGCCCAUGUUACGAGCUGAUUCGUAACUCCUCCAUUGGCAUCUGCUGCGGCACUGGUGGCCUGCGGAUGCUGAUGCCCUUCUUCUUGCUGGGCUUCAUCAACUCCCUCGUAGACGGUGCCUCCUUGGCUCAGAUCUUCACCACCUACGGCUGGCAGACUUUCAAGUUGAUCCCCGUGGAUGCCCUGCUGGGGAUCUUCAUCUGCGAGCUGAUCUGCACUCUGAUCACCUGGCGGGUGUUGAAGGCGAUUCUUCCCUUAGCGUCGCCGCCUGGUUUUACUAGGGUUCAGGAUUCUGCGUAG